ACCUACUACUAAUCGCAUUUAUAUUUCAGUAUAGGUUUAAGUAUUUAAGUUAAAAAUGGGUAUCACGGGUUUAAUACCAUUUCUGGAGAAGGCUUCCAGGAAAACGAAUAUAUGUGAAUUUAGUGGUUGUACCGUGGCGAUAGAUACUUACUGUUGGCUUCACAAGGGUGCCUUUGCUUGUGCUGAUAAGCUUGUACGAGGGGAAGUAACUGAUGUGCACAUAAGAUAUUGUCUAAAGUAUGUUUCGAUGCUUCUAGCUAAAAACAUAAAACCUAUUUUGGUGUUUGAUGGUCGACAUUUGCCAGCUAAGGCUAUGACUGAAUUAAAGAGAAGAGAAUCAAGACACAUAUCUAGAAAAAGAGCAGCUGAACUAUUGAGUCUCGGAAAGAUAGAGGAAGCUCGGUCCUACAUGAGGCGUAGUGUAGACAUUACCCAUUUCAUGGCUUUAGAACUAAUCAAGGAGUGUCGUAAGCGCAAUGUGGAUUGUAUUGUCGCACCCUAUGAGGCUGAUGCCCAAUUAGCAUAUCUGAAUGUGAAGAAUAUUGCUCAGCUGGUCAUUACUGAAGAUUCAGACUUGAUUCUGUUUGGAUGCACCAAGGUACUGUUCAAAAUGGAUCUUGAUGGCACAGGCACUCUAGUAGAAACAGUGAAGCUCCCCCUCGUAAUGCGGUGUCCAAUAGAACAUUACACAUUUGACAAGUUUAGACAGAUGUGCAUCAUGUCGGGGUGUGAUUACUUGGCAUCCCUUCCUGGUAUUGGGUUGGCCAAAGCCCGACAGUUUAUUACAGCUACUCAGGAUCCGAAUAUUGCUAAUGCCUUAAGAAAACUGCCCAGCUACUUCAAUAAAUCGACACUGACUGUGACAGACGAGUACAGAGAGAAUUUUCUGAAGGCCGAGGCUACUUUCAAGUUCCAAUAUGUAUAUGAUCCUAUUGAGAGGAAGAUGGUUCGACUGAAUGAGCCUGAAGAUGAAGACACAGAAACAGCACUGUGCGUCAACGCAGGUGAAUUGUUGGACCCAAAGACGGCAUUUCAGUUAGCUUUGGGUAAUAUUGACCCGUUCACUCUUAAGAAAAUGGACGAUUACCUACCUGGAGAUCUGCAACAGACUGACAAUGUAAAAACGAACACGUGGAAAGAAGAGCCAGUAUCAAAGCAUCCGAGUAUAUGGAGCAAAGAUUUCAUAGUACAUUUAAGUGAAACACGCCCGUGGCAGAAGAAAGAGAAAAAAAUUGAACCAAUCAUAGCACAACCUACGAUAAGACCUCGGAAGAAAGUUGUUAAUUUAGUGACUAAGUAUGUUCCUGAGACACAGGAUGAGAGCUUAACUAUAGAAAAUCUAAGCAAUAUGUAUUGUAUAGAACCGGCUAAUAAAAAACAAAAAAUUGACGACAACGAAUCACUAACACAACACAUAGAAAAACAUCACGAUGUAGCAUUGAACGAAACCGAAAUAUCUAAAGAUAAUCUUAGUAUAUUAUCAACAAAUAAAUCACCUGUUUUAGAAAAUAAACAACGCUCAUUCACAAAAUGCAUCAAGAAAAAUUUACCUAUAUUAAAAAGAUUAAGUAAAUUCUCUCGAACAAUUUUAGACGACAAUGUAGUUGAAAGCAAAUUCUUCACUUUUAAUGAAAUUGAUAAAAAAGAUACGUGUAAAAUGAAUACUUCAAAAACAAGUAUAGUGAUUGAGGAAUCUCCUGAAAAGAGAUGUAGGAAUCCUUUUAAAGUGCAGAAAGUGGAUAUUAUGUUUAAUAGGGAUAAUGAUAUGAAAUUGUUAGAGCAACCUACGGAAAUUGAUACACAAUGUUCACAAAUACCCGAUUCUCAAUUAGAGAAUUCCCAGAAAGAGAAUUCUCCGCAAAAUAGUCCUAAAAAGGUACCAAGGAGUCCUAUUCUGGAACCAAGUCCUAAAAUAAAGAAAAUGUUUAGAUCACGAAUGGAAAAUGUUUUUAACGAAGGACAAAGCGAAGAAUCUGUGAUAGAAAAUACAUAUCCGAUGGAGAAACUGGUGACGCCAGUUGAUUCCCAGACUUCAUACGGCGAAUCUCAAGAGGCAAUUAUUCCUUUGUAUAAAUCGCAACCAAGUAGUCAGCCAAUUAGAAACAAUAUCAGAAACAAUUGUCGAGUGCCUGGCCUUAAGCGGACAAAUUCGUUGCCCAGCAACCAACCAACUCUGUUGAGCAAAUUUGGCUUUCAGAAAAAACCUAUAUUGAAGAGAUAGUAUACACGACAUCCUGUGAUCUCAAGAUUAUUCAAGUGUUAGAUUAAGUAAUAAUAAUGUUAAGUUUCAAAGCAUUUCCAAGUUGCUAUUAAUUUGUUUAAUAAUUUUCAUAUAUUGUGUUUUACUCAAAGUAUAUUUUAUUAUGGAGUGCAUUCUGUUGCUUGCACAUGAGCUGCGGUACAUUCAAAUGCAAACUAAACUUAAUAUAACUCCAGAACAUUUGGUAGGCCAAUGCUUCCAGAAUGACAGUUCGUUAUCAGCAAGAAAGGACAGAUUUGAGUUUAAAUCGGUCAAGUAGUUGUGAUAAAACAGCUUUUGAAUUAAAAUUAUAUAUUCUGUACCUUUCUACAGUUGAAAGUGAUAGGUGUACUGAUAUUACGUUAGACAUUGUUUUGCACAAAAGAUUCCAAUUCACCAAGUUUCAAGUUUGUAGAUGUUUAUUUCAUAAGAGUACAUUGCUAGUAGCUAACUGGAGCGUUAACUAAAAAUCACAUUUUGUCAGGUGGAGCAUUUUGUAUCCUUGGUAUAA